AUGGAACGCCUGGAAUCCGAUACUGAUACCAGAUUAAGUAAUUCUAAUCAUAAAAUUAACGAAACAAGAGAUGAACGUUCCAAUGAACUUGAAGUAGUCAGUAACACCGUUAAAGAUAAAACAAAAUGUUUUAUUACCAUAGAACCUUUUAUAUUCUUUAUAUUUAUUGCGGAAAAUAUUACAGGCAUCAUGAUGACAAAUUAUGUUAUGUUAAAAACUUGCGAAAAUCAUUUUCACUUUAAUCAAUCCGUUUGCAAGAGCAUAAAUAAUACCAAUUCGAGUAACGUUGAAGCCUUGGUUCAACCAUAUGCAUCUGCAAUUUUAACUGGAAUGACCUCAUUUUCCACAUUUAUCCCUGCUGUCACAUCAUUAUUUUUAGGUCCUUGGAGUGACAUAAAUGGCAGAAAAUUAUUACUUGUGGUGCCUGCUUUAGGUAAGUUGUGUUUUGCAUUAAAAAAUUUCCUGUUGGUGAUAUUUUCUAUUAUUCCAAAUCUCCAUCCGAUGGUUACGCUUUUAACCAUCAUACCUGUCGCACUAACUGGAGGAUUUGUUAAUUUAAUGGCUGCUUCGUUUUCAUACAUAUGUGAUACUUCGACAGAAGCUCAACGAUCUCUAAGAAUUUGUAUUUUCGAAGCUGUUAUUUGCUUGAGCAGUAUAGCAGGUAUUUUAUUAAGUCCUCUCAUAGUUAAAAUUUCUAAAGGAAAUGGUUAUGUGAUAGUGUUUGGAUUAUCAGCCGUUAUAAAUUUAAUCGCUGCAGUUUGUGGAUAUUUUUUUAUCGCUGAAACUGUCAAACCGAACAAUGAUGAUGAGAAUAAAAUAACUAAUUUGUUCGAUUUGAAAUUAUUAAAAGAAAUAUAUUGGGCAUGUUUUAAAAAAAAGGAAAAUUUUAACAGAACGAUAGUUUUUUUAGUUGUAGCUUCUUUAUCAUUUACAAUAUCCGUUUUGGAGGGAGAAUCAAACGUUAAAUAUUUAUUUACAAGAAUUAAAUUUAAUUGGACGAUUUUAGAUUAUUCCGAAUGGGUAUCCGCAUCGGAAACAUUAAAUUUAAUAGGUCUUUUACUCGGAAGUUUUAUUUUUAUGAAAUAUUUAAAAAUAAACGACGUUUUCAUAGCCAUUUUAGCAUAUGUCACGCUCGCUUUAAGUGAUUUAUUUAUCACGUUCAUACCGUCCAACGCUUCGAAACUUUUAUAUUACGUGGGCCUCAUAAAAAUAUUUGGCGGAUUAUGCGGUCCAGCAGGAAGAGCUUUAAUUAGUAAAUACGUACCGGAAAAGGAUAUAGGUAAAGUUUUCUCAUUGACAACAACGAGUGAAUGUGUUUUACCGGUGGCCAUAGCUCCUUUAUACACGAUACUAUACAAUUACACAUUACUAUCUUUUCCAUCCGCCAUAUUUUUUUUAAGCAUAUCUAUUUAUGUGACCAUAAUAAUAAUUUACGCGUAA